AUGAAGCCGGUCAAAUUCUCUCUUCUUGCUUGGGCCUUGUUGACCCUCGCUUCUUCUGUCCCUGGACACGCUCACGUCGUUUCGCCGAGAAACGUUGGAGCUGCCCGUCGAACAAACUUUGGUCCUGAGUUAAAUCACCGUACUUAUAGUGCUCCCUCAAUAAAUAAGUUUGGUACUUUUACCGUUUCAGAUGACGCUGAUCCUAAAGAGAUUGCUAUCAAGUUUGUCAAAUCAAAACUUCACCCGAAAGCUGACUUUGUGAUUAAAAAUAUCUAUAAAUCUGAUCAUAAUGGCGUUACCCAUGUAUACUUAAAACAAGUUGUUAAUGGUCUACAUGUCACUAAUGGUGACAUUAAUGUUAACAUCGACCAAUAUGGUAGAGUUAUAUCGUAUGGUGAUUCGUUCGUUAAACCUAAUCAACCAGUGACCCCUCCUCCAAUAAAGCUCUCCAAAGAUGGAGUAAAAGUAAAUCUUGUUGCUGGAGAUUUUCGAUUAGUAUUUGAUGAACAUGAUACUAUAUACCUAAAAUCUACCGAUUCGACUUCCGAUUCCGUUACUUAUUCUAUUAAUGAUGACGUUGGUUCUGUCAUUUCUCCGGAAGAAGCCUUAGACUCUUUGGCUCGCUUUAUUAACCGAGAGAUUUCCAAUCCCGAAAAUAUCAAAUACACUGAAGUUGGUACGUUUGGAGAAAUAGAUUCGUUUCUGUUACUCACCAAUGUACCAUUUGCCCUCUCCGACGUGAAAAUGAGCCAGUCUUACAUUCAAUUGGAUGAUCAAACACUACAACUCGUUUGGGAUAUUCAAGUAGAGAUGGAAGAUAAUUGGUAUAAUGCUCAUGUUAAUGCUAAUACUGGCGAACUUAUCGCGCUUAUGGAUUGGGUUUCCGAUGCCGCAUAUAAUGUUUUUCCUCUCGGUACUAACGAUCCUUCGGACGGAGGUCGAGAGAUUGUGACGAACCCUUAUGAUAUUAUCGCUUCUCCAUUAGGUUGGCAUUCUCAGGGUAAAACAAACUAUACCAAAACUAUUGGUAAUAAUGUGUAUGCUCACGAAAACUUAAAAGGAAAUUACGAAUGGGAGAAUAAUUAUCGCCCUGAAGGUGGCAGUUUAUUAACCUUCGAUUUUCCUUUGGAUUUGACUAAGGCCCCAAAGACCUAUAUUGAUGCCUCCGUCACUAAUCUCUUUUAUUGGAAUAAUAUAAUCCAUGACUUAUUUUAUCGAUAUGGUUUCAAUGAGGUUGCCGGAAACUUUCAACAAUAUAAUUAUCAGAAAGGUGGAAAGGACGGAGAUGCUGUAGUCGCGAAUGCACAAGAUGGUUCUGGAUUUAAUAAUGCUAAUUUCGCCACACCACCGGAUGGUCAGCAUGGUAAAAUGCGAAUGUAUGUAUGGGAUGUCAUUGAACCAUGGCGAGAUGGAGAUUUGGAAUCGGGGAUUAUU